UAAACAUUUCAGGGUUUUAUUUCAUAAAUAAACUUACCUGACAUUACAGUGUGGAUUUCCUUUUAUUGGCCCGCAAAUUACUUUCCUUAAUCCGGAAAGUAAACUUGACGAUAUGACGUCACGUUACUUCCGGAAUAAGCCACAUGUUUCAGUUUUCCUUUUUCGGCGAAACAGUUCGCAUCGCAUUACUUUCUUGUCAAGUUGAAGUUAAAGUCUUUGGAUUUGUGUUACUUUUUGGAUUUAUUUAAGUGCCUGGAACGUUGUUUGUUCAGGAUGGCAUCUAAUUCUUCGGAAAAAGAUGAUUUAUCCGAAGGAGAACGUGUGUCGAGUGAUAAUUCAGACUCUCCGUCUUUUACGCCGAGUGACAAACACCGGGGUAGAAAAUCUUCGCACAAAGCGAAGAAAAAACAGAAAAGACAUUCUAAGUACAAAGAAUUGUCGCAGCGUUUUGAUAGACUAGAGGCUCUAGUUGAAAAAGCUUUGACUCCGAAAACAGCCGAAGAAAUAAAUUCUCGAGCACAGGAAAAAAAUGAUACCGGUGCCGGCGCCAUUACCGGAAAUGAAGAUGUUUUGUCAAUUCAUGCAAAUUCACAUGUUGGUGGAUUUUCAGACAGUGAUAAUGAAGAUUUGUCAAGUAACACGAAAAAGUGUCUUGCUGAAAUAUUUGGUGAAGAUGCAGUGGUAGGUAAGAAACCUCACAAAGAGGGCUUGGUGUUGGACGAAUCACAAAUUGAAAUUGUACAAAACAGUUUCCGCAAAGAAGAACCAAACUUUCUUACAGCUUUUUCUGAAGAAACAUUUGAACAGUUUCCCCUUGAUGAGAAUUGUGAGUCAUUCUUAAAAGUACCGUCUUUAGACUCCUUAGUUGAGUGUUGCCUAACCAAACGUUAUGGUAAUAAAGCGUCAUUUGCUAAGAAGAAAGAAAAAACUCUUUUUAAUCAGCCGUGCAAAAUGGUAGAUAAAAUAGGCUAUAAAGGCCAACAGGCCGCUAGAAUGGGAAUGGUCAUUAAUAUGUAUGUACAACAAAGCUUAGGAAAUUUGUUACAAUACAUAGAGUCCGAGGACUUUGAAAAAUCCCAAGCUGUACAACAAGUCAAGGAUAUUUAUGCCAUGUCCGCUAGGCUUCUCGACCAGGUGGGAAGAACAGGGGCCUUUCAUCACAUAAGUCGUAGGGCGGUAGCUAUGACAGAUACAGGACUCUACGAACAACACGAUAGUCUAGAGUUUUCCAACCUACCUUUAACUGGUGAUGGUGUUUUUGGUGUUGAACUUGAAGCCUUGUUGAAGUCUCGCAAGGAGAAGAAAAAGCAAGUUGAUGAUUUGAUCCCUGAUGUUCAGAAGAAGGAUCUCAAACGCAAGUUCAGUGGUACACAGACUGAAUAUAACAAACGUCCAGCGUUUGAUUCUAGGCAGAAUGAUUCUAGGCCUGCUACUUUGAGUUCCAGUAGUAAUUGGAAUAAUUUUCGCAUACCAAGAAUCACAAGAGAUUCUAGACAAGACACCAAGGGUUAUACAAAUAAACCCAGGGGAUCAUUCCAACAACGACGAGGCAGUGUUGGUAGAGGCCGGUUGGGAAAACCAGCUGAAAAGUGACAAGAUUGUUUGAAAGUUGCGCCUUUUGAACCACUGAAGUAUGCACCUUUGAAAAUGCUGACUUGGAAAACUUGUUUUUUACUUGCAAUUACAACAUUUAGAAGAUGUAGUGAUUUGCAGUCGUUGCAGUUAGGAGAAGGCAUGGUAAAUGUUCAGCGCCAUGGUGUUACAUUUUUAAGAACUGGUAUGUCAAAAACAGAACGACCAAAUCAUCAAACAAGAAAUAUAUUUGUACCAUAUUUUCCAAACAAUAAGAAGUUGGAUCCUAAACGUUCUCUAGCCUUGUAUUUGAAAAGAACUGAAUCUUUCAGACGUUCUUCUUCAGAAGAUAUUGUACAGCUGUUCUUGGCAAUAAAUAAACCACAUCAGCCUGUAACUUCGCAGACUAUUUCAAGAUGGUUGGUUAGUCUGAUAAAGUUAUGUUACAGAAAAAAGGGGAAAACAAUACAGUCGGUGAAAGGACAUUCAACUAGGAGUAUAGGUCCUUCAUGGGCUCUUUUUAAGGGUGCGUCCUUGCAACAAGUUAUGGAGGCUGCAGAUUGGUCGAAGGAGACCACUUUUACACGUCAUUAUUUGAGGAAUGUUAAUAUGAACAUGUUUGAUCAGUAAAGAACUGAUAAAUAUCUUUUCCGGCGGGCCGCCAUUAUGGAAAUUCUGUGUUUGUACUUUGGGAAGUACCUGUAUUAUGGUGUACAUACUGCUGGGACAUGUACAGUUGGUGUUAUAUACAUAGUUUUACAUAGAAUAAUGAUUAUUAUGUUAGAUGUAUCUUCAUAAUUAUAUUGUUUGAAGAUCUUCAGGAGAUGGAUAUCCAAGUAGUUUUAAGGUGAGUGGAUAUCUUCUUCUUGAUUUAGAAUUCAUUUGCCUUGUGAAGGCUUUAAAUGUAUAUAUAUAUAUGAUUGUGGUAUGAGAAGUACUAAAUGACUCCCUCCACCUAGGGUACUGCUGUGGAAUCUAAAUAUAAUCCACACUGUAAUGUCAGGUAAGUUUAUUUAUGAAAUAAAAAUGGAAAAUUUGUUCUCAAAUUGUAGUUUUAUGAAUAAAUAAUACUUACCUGACAUUACAGGUUACCCACCCACCUACCCCACAUGUCAUUUAGCUAUUCCGGCGAACUGUUUCGCCAAAAAGGAAUACUGAAACAUGUGGCUUAUUCCGGAAGUAACGUGACGUCAUAUCGUCAAGUUUACUUUCCGGAUUAAGGAAAGUAAUUUGCGGGCCAAUAAAAGGAAAUCCACACUGUAAUGUCAGGUAAGUAUUAUUUAUUUAUAAAACUACAAUUUGAGAACAAAUUUUCCAUUUUUCCUGCAUAUUUUCCAUGGCAUUAAUACACUUGCUUCACUUGCAUUGUUCGAAUGUUUCUACUUAAGUUUGCCACCUGGGCAUUUUUGUUCUUGUGAGACAUUUCUAUGCGUAGUUUCUUCUAUAGAAAACUUUAACCAAGGCAUGAAUUUGUACGCACAGGCGUAUUGGCGUAUGCCCAGGUACACGCCUGAACUGGAAAAAAUGAACACACAAUAAUCAUAAUCUAUAAAUAUACUCAAGUCAGAACUUUCUUAUUCGUCAAUAUUACAGAUAAUUAAUUCAUAUACGGUGUGUAUUGGAAAAGAAACAUGUAAUUGUGUAGAGAUCUUCGAGGUGUAUUGUUUAUAAAACGCCUCGCAUUACUUUUAAUGCACAUGUAUAAAAAUACGAAUCUUGAUAUAUAUACUUCAUGUUUUUCACGAAUUUGUUUUAAGACCAACAACAGCAGCAACAACAACGACAGUAAUAACAAUAACAAUAAUAAUAAACACAACAAAGUCAACAUUAUGAUUAUAUACAAUGGAAAGAUACCUGUAGGUUUACGGAUACUAGAGAUUUUCAGCUUACUUCGACGCGUACUGCGGACCACGGACUACGGACUUAUUAUAGGGGUUUUCUCAAACUAUAUAUGAGGAAGUUAUGCAUAACUGAACAGUUGCAUAUUUAGCAUCCGGUUCUAAUGCCGUAAUACUGUUUUCAUUCAAAAUAUCUGAGGAAAGAUAGCUAUAAGAUUUAUCAAUAUCCGUUUUAUUGUAUAUGAAUUACCAAUAUAUUUUGUCUUACAAACUUUUUUAACAGUGUGGGCGCAAUUUUAAAAGUUUUCACCCUUUUACUUUUUAUAUCGCUUUUUGAUUAAUGUCUUUCGACUACCGUAUUAAUGAACAAGAAGCUAUAGGGUCUGUAUCGCAAACUUGUUUUUUUUUUUAUUUUUUCAUUUGAAGUGCUGCAACUUAUUUAUAUGAUUGCUGUCAAUUUCGUGAGGUUCUAGCAAGUAUUCUAUAGCAGUAAAAACGGCUGUUGAUUCAACGAUCAACAUACCCUAUAAACCAGAAUUUGAACCAAUGACCUUCUGGUGAGGAGACAGACAAUCUUCCCCUGCGCCACAAGAUGUUCACCCGACACAUAUGCGUAGGGUAUCGCAACAACAUUUUUGGUAUCUAAAAUGUAUAUAGUGUAUAUUGAGGAUGGGGUUUCGUAUUGUAGCACGCGCGACGCUGAAAUGCUAUUGUGCGACGCACAAUUUGGAAUAUGCACGGUACGAUGCGUGACAUUGUAAUACACCGUGGUAAAAAAAAUGUCGCGCGUGGUAUUAUAUAUUCUUAACUAUUUCAAACCCUACAAAUUCAGUUUUAUACGAUACUGAAUUCAUUCAAUAUUCCCGGUCACCCUAUCAUGAUAUACGUGAUGGCUACAUUAUGAAUUUUUAAACCAAUAUAGACCUUGAGUUUUCAUGAGUUUAAAUCUUUGUUCAAGUUCCCUGAAGACAAGUAUCUACAUGUACACAUACCAUUUUUGCAUGUGUUCGACUUAAAAGGCUUUGUCAAUAAUGAUAAAAGGCUAGUCUCGACUUCUAAGCUUGUUGUAUCAAAUGAGCACACAGAAUUGCUCAAAUGGCGUCAUAGGAGUUGAUUAAGUCAAAAAUAUAAUUUUGUUGACAAUUCUAUGCAUUUACUGGCCAUAAAACAUUUUUGGAAUAUGAUCGGAAUUUUGACCUUGGACGCUUCCCAGGCCCUUUCUUCACAAAACAAUUUUAGUUCUCAGCUGGAUUUUAGAUUGAAAUGUUGGCAGCUAGUUUUAAUGGCACUUAAAGAUUAAAUUCCAGUUGAGACUGACAAUCCAUACUGAAUAGUCACGUGAAAAUAGUCAUGAAUUUAAAUAUUAAAUUGUAACAUGCAAUAUUGAUAUCAAUGACAAUGUUUCAUUAUCAAACUCGGCUGGGACUCAAAAUGUUUUGAAAACAGAAGCCCAGGAAUUCAGUCUUUGCGUGAUCUCAGUCAUCAAGAUCGAGCCUGCCUCGAUCAUUUUUCAAAAUCUGAUAUCAGAUUAUGUUUAUAUGAAGAUAAUAUUCUUUUUUUUUAAUUUUCAAACAUGCUGAUACACAACUAAUACAGGAUGUUGCCGCUAAAUUAUGGUAAUAUAUCGGAUCUCGUUUCGACGAGGAUGAAAGAUGCAUGUACGAGAACUUCCCGUAUGUUUUGACAAAGUGUUGAACUAAAUCAUUUAGGAUAGUCCAUUAAAACUUCUCAUGAUUUUAUGUAACAUUCUACAUUUAUCAAAAAUUAACGAAAAACAAUGACUUUUUCCACACAGAAGUCUACGAGAACACGGUAUUUAUGCCAUGCAACAAAAAAUAAACGGACGUUUGUUUUAUUCAGAAUGUAUCAAUUUUUUUCACAAUAAUAUUUUGUACUGCUUUUUUUUCUUAUGUUUUUGCUAGUCUAGGAAUCCUAUGGACGGACACAAAUUAAAACAAAACUGUUUUUUAUAGGAAUCGCUGUUAUCUUCAAAUCCAUGUUUCAAGUUGCACAUUUUAAUGCAUGAACAUAUUAAGGUGAAGUAUUAUCGUUGCACUGUGGGUUCCAAGUUGUUCCGGUCGCGCGGAAGAAAUGUCUUAAUAUCAAAACAAAAUGUUAAAGCAUACGGGUAUUUGAAGAACAUUCUUAAGGCAAGUAAAAUGUGACAGGGUAUUAAGCUGAAUCUAGAGGCAUCCUACAUGUAGACAUUAAUGUAGCCGACUCGUUUAAAUGUGACAUGUAAAAGUAAUAGAAUAUGACAUCUGAAAAUUGCGAUUACAUGAUUGUGUUAAAUGUAGCCUGUUCACUAUCCAUAUAUUUUCAAAGGUAUGUAUUGUAUUAGCAGAUGAUUAUAUCACAAUACAUAAAUUUCUACAAUGAAGGCAAAAGUUACUACACAUAUAGGUAAAAGAAACAUAUAUACCAUAGGUAUCUUUUUUCUUGCGAACCUUUAAAUAUUUUGAGAAAACCCCUACUGUAAGUACGCAGUCCGCUGUCCGCGUGGAAGUAAGUUGAAAAUCUCUACUAGUAUGUAUACAUGUGUAUGUUUUAACUAUGUGUGUUUUUGGCCGUACGGGUUCAAAUGGUAAUAUUGUAAAAUCUAAAUUUUUAAAUAUAUACGUAUAAUAUAUUUGUUUUUUUCUCUCUCUGAAAUAAUAUUUCUUUCUUCCAAUUUUCUACUGAAUAUUAUUUAGCAUUGACAAAUUGACAGUGAUGUAAGUCAGUGGCAUUUAAUGCGGUGCACUGCAGUCCUUGGGAAUUUGUUGAUCUGAUAUGAAAUAUAUAACUCCAGCUCUUAAUAAUAUCUGUAAGAAGACCCUUUAGACGCAUAGAAUGCAACCAAGUGGAAUUCUAUUUCAUAGAUAUUGAAUAUCCUCC